CUCACCAGUCUCUCUAUAACCUCUCUCUUCAUGUUAAUAAUAGAAAAGUCACAGCUUGACGUCUUUUGUUACCAUAGAAACCACAAAGAAGUGUAAACACCUCUGUCCUGAAGAUGAAGUGAGAAAACUUAAAGUUGCAGUUUCACCUCUGACUGAUACACAGGGCUGACACUGGAGACUCCUUACACAUACAUUAGAAUGAUGUAUUACAUACAUUCAUGAAUACAUUAGAAUUCACUGUUCUGCUUUGUAGAACAUCGACAUGGCCAGUAAAGGCAAACAGUGGGUUCUCAUGGCAGCAGGUUCUAAAGGAUGGCAAGACUACAGUGUCCAGGCCAACGUGUGUCACGCAUACCAGGUCGUGCACCACAACGGCAUUCCAGACGAGCAGAUCGUGGUGAUGAUAUAUGACGAUAUCGCUUAUAAUCAGCAAAAUCCCACUCCUGGAAACAUCAUCAAUGUUCCAAACGGCCCAAACGUUUACCCCGGGGUUCUAAAGGACUACACCGGAGAGGAGGUUUCAGCUGACAACUUCCUGGCUGUUCUGCGUGGCGAUUCGGCUGCUGUCAAGAAAACUGGACCAAAAAAAGUCAUACAAAGUGAUGAAAAUGAUUCAAUCUUCAUCUACUUAACAGACCAUGGAAAUAAAGGAAUCUUUCACUUUCCUAACUCCACACUUUAUGCACAUGACCUCAUUAACACAGUGAAGGCCAUGUCUAAGAGUCACAUGUUUUCAAAGAUGGUGAUUUAUUUGGAAUCGUGUCUUUCUGGAUCGAUGCUGGAUCAGCUGUCUGAGAGCAACGUGUAUGCGGUUUCUUCAUGCAGGCCUGAUGAAUAUACCUACGCCUGUUUCUUCGAUAAGAAAAGAAAUACCUUUCUCUCGGAUAUCUUCUCCUUUAACUGGCUACGCCACAUGGACACGGUGAAACUCACCGUGACGUCGUUCGGAGAUCAGUUUUCCUACCUGGAGAAACAUGUGAGUAAGGAUGCAAGGAAGGCUGGAGUGACCGAGACACCAUGUAACUAUGGUGACAAGGGCAUGCUGAAGUUGAUGCUGAGUGAAUUCCUCGGAGAAUCCCCCGUCUCCGUCAGCGAGGUCUACACGUCCCAGACCCUGAACGUUGUAGAAGUGUGUGACGUUGUAGAAACAUCAGACGUUCCACUGAUCGUUCAAGAAAACAAGAUUAAAAAUGAACAGGAUCCAGAAAAAAGACAGAUCCUGCAGAAACAAUAUGAUGAUCUUAAAAAAAAGAGGAAGACAGUGGAUGAAGCGCUGCAGAAGAUUGCAGAGAGGAUAAACGCCUCACGAGCUCUGAGUGAAAAACGUGAGGUGACUCUCACGUACGAGCUCAAAGUCGUGGCUGAACAUUUUAGGAAAAAUCUCUUCGACUGGGAAAAGGAGCCGUUUGUUGUCACUCGUUCACAUCUGCAGGUUUUAGUUAAUCUGUGUGAGAGUGGCUUGCAGGUUGAAAGCAUCACUGAAGCCAUCACUCACGUGAGCCAAGAGAUUACUUUCUGAAGAAAUCACACAACGACUUUUAGUAAAUUGAAGAUGUUGUUUAAUUCAUCUUUUUACAAAUUUUAUCAACUUUUUAAGUAAAAUAACAUAACAAAGCCUGUCAAAGACCAAA